CACACACACACACACACACACACACACACACUCGCUCUGCAUCGACAUUAUUACGGAUGGAUAUCAACGAUCUACUGAACAAUCAAAGUGACCCGAAGCAACACGACCAAGAAGAAGAACAACAGAACCAAUCACAGCCACAACCACGACAGCUGCAGCCACGGGAGCCACAGCCACACCAGCAAGAACAAGACCAUGUGCAAGAGCUGCCAAAACCCACAGGCGGUCCAAGCGCACAGGUGCAUGUGUGUGAAUGGCCCGGUUGUCCAAAACGGUUCACACGACGCUCGGAUUUGGCAAGACAUCAAAGAAUUCAUACCGGUGAGCGACCCUUCCAAUGCGACUGGCCUGGCUGCAACAAGCAGUUUAUCCAACGCAGCGCCUUGACCGUCCAUACAAGAACUCAUACCGGCGAGCGUCCUCAUGUGUGUGAAGAUCCAAGCUGUGGAAAAUCAUUUAGCGACUCGUCCUCAUUGGCCCGUCAUCGUCGCACUCAUACCGGAAACCGUCCAUACGCCUGCCACUGCUCUAAAUCAUUCACCCGCAAAACCACCCUACUACGCCACCAACGCACUCAUCACACUAAUAAUAACAGCGCUACAUCGGCUGGCUCGUUGUCGCCUGCUAGCACAAGCGCUGCUGCAUCUCCUCCCUCGCCCCCACCUACACAGUACCCGUAUCCAAUAGCAUAUUCUAUGGGUUAUUACACUUACCCAUACGCAUAUACAAUACCAACACCACCAGCACCACCACCAUCAUCAUCAUCAUCAUCUUCAUCUUCAUCCUCUGUACGAUUGCCACCUCUUGCCACAGCUUACCAUCAUCAAAGCACCCUGCGUUCCACAUGUGAACUCCUGCCCUCCAAUAUACCAUUGUAAAUUUUAGUGUUUGCUUUCCAUAUAUUCUUUAUAUACAACAUCCAAGCUAUAGCAUGACAAUAUCAAUAAUAAUAUAAACAAAGAUGAG